GAGAGAGAGAGAGAGAGGGAGGAAAAGAGAGAGCAUUAAAUCAGCUUGCUUGAGAGGGCUGGGGAUACAGUAGAGUGGGGGUGUAAAAGAGUGGGAGGGAGAAGAGAGAAUGUGUCUGAUAGACAUAGUCUGGUGAUGUUGUCUGGAUGUUUCCAUUCAGUUUGCAGUCAGGCUGCUCUGCCAAGGAGCCUCAUCUUCAGGACCCGGAGGUAAGACAGACAACUUCAGGCAAUUGGACUGAUGCUUCAGCAGAAAUCAACAGGAACCCUACGUCUUGUGACCACAGAAUGCCUUCAUCAAUCUUAAAAAGUGCCUGUGCGAGUGACGCUUGAGUUGGACCAAUGAACAGCACACCAGCCCCAACCCUGUUCCCAGUCCGAGACAGGCUUCCACCCAAGAAGAGGGACCCAAGACAGGCAGAACCAGAGCAGACUCCUGCUGCCACCUUCAAGGUGCCCUACCCGUACAAGAGCCAACAUGCAGGCAGGAGCAAGAAUGGGGUGAAACCCCUCUACACUCCAUACCUAGACCUAUCUCCAUCCAUGGCUGAUCCAGUGACCACACUUUACCAGCCCUGGGUUCAGUCUAACACGGUCACCAGAAGCAAACCAUACAUACCAUAUCCUGUCAGAGAUCGUCCCGGCUGGGAGAAAUUGAGAGAUUUUUACCACAGAAGCUGGGCUGCAGUGGACUCAAGGUUGGAAGUUCCCUUUAUACCAUCCCAUCACAUGGGAAACCCCAGGGAGCUCUCCACAUCUGUCCUGCCCCUAGACCACCCACGCCACACCACAAAGAUCAGACCAAUCGUCAUGUCGACAGAGCACCUACAUGGGACGGGAUUGGGCUACAGGUUGGAGUUGUCGGGUGCCAGGGGACAGCUGCCCUCACCAUCAGGGAGGCCCAAUGAGACUUACAUGAGAAGGAGAGGGAAACAGUGGAACCAAACACAAAGGAUCACAGAGACAAACCCGGCUCACCUGAGUCUAGAUUUCACCUCACCCGUCUAUGAUCUAUCUAAACUGGACGACACAAAACACAGCACCACGUCAAGCAAAUUUGCCGCCGCACCAGCACUUUCAUAUCAGUCAGUGGACCAACACUGGACCUUAGGAACAGCAAAAGAUGUCAGGGUUUCUCCCCCUCCCUCCCCAGUCCUCCGUUCCUCCCCCUCCGACCAGGCUCCCUGGCUCCUUCCUCACUUUGCGGCAGGCUCUCUGAUCGAGCUCAGGGACGGCAGGCUGAAGAGGGUUGAGGACCUGCAGACAGAGGACUUCCAGUUGGGGUCAGAGGUCAGUCCAGAGCUCCAUAUCAGCUCCUGCACGGUGCAGCACAUCUCCCCCUCCUCCUCUCCUGCCUUCUCACGACUCCUCAUCCUGCUCCACAAAGAGCUCUCUCAGGAGCUGCUGGAUGUGUUUGUGGAGUAUCCGUUCUUCGUCUGUGGGCGUGGCUGGUCCUCCUGCUGCCCGCAGAGAACCGCUCGUCUGUGUGGCCUCCGCUGCCACCAGCUCAGCGUGGGAGACAUCUGCCUGGCUCUCACCCCAGCGCCUCCCCCCAGCCCCAGACCAUCCUCUCAGGGACCUGAUGUACCAGCCAGUGGGGCGGAGGAGGAGUCUGAGCCCCUUCAGCGUUCCUCACCCCAGCCUGCCCAGGACCUGCCUCAGGCUUCAGCCAGCCCAGGUGGAGGGCUGGCGCCCAAGCGGAGGAGACGCUGGUCAGCUCCAGAGCUGCCAGGCCCGGGGGCUACAUGUCCAGACUGAGCUUCAUUCAGGCCAAACCAACAAGAAGUUCUGUAUGCUGUUUUGUUUUUCUACCUCGUUCACUCUAGUCUGUUCUGUGUGAAUUACAUAAAACAGUGACAAUGACUCCACAGGGAUAGAAUAAAGGAUCACUCCAGUUUCCCCCCACUCACGAUUCACCUCUUCAUGUAAUUUAGAAGCAAAUAGAAUCAUCAUAAAAACAAUCAUCUAAAUUACUAUUACAUUACAGUUAUUGAUAUUUGUAUUGUUGUUAUGAUAAUUAGGAUUAAGCAAGGGUUCUGGUUGUAUUUUAAAGCAUCCUGUUUGGUGAAUGACUUGAUGUACUUGAAUGUGUCACCUAAAAUGUAUUACUUUAGUUCAUUCUGGAAAGAUAUUUGUAAAAUUCUUAAACAUCUUCUACCUCUAUAUUUGUUUAGAUCUGUGAUUUAAUGUUUACAAAUGAGUGGGUCGUCCCAUGUGCCUCUGGCUGUUCAGCUGAUUCCUGCUUUGCCUUACGAUGCACUUUUGUGUGACAUUGAUGUCCUGACUUUCAUUUAUUACCAUUUCAAAAUGCUAUGCUCUGAAAAUUACUUUGUUGUUAAUUGGAAAUAGACUGUAUACAGUUUCGAAAUAUGCUAUAUUUCAGCUUUGUGCUUAUUUUUUCAUAGUUGCACAGUGUGUACUUAUAUUAUGUACAGUAUCAUAUAUAUUUAAUCAACCUUUCAAGUUCCAGUCUUUGGUUGCGUGCAUGGCAGAGUGAUAUUAAAUUAUUGCCCCAGGUCCAUUUGAACAGUUUCUGUUUAUUUUUGCUGCUGUAAUCUGACAUUUUGUUUUGACAAAAAAUAGGGCCUCCCCUCGCCCACCUGCAGAUCUGGCCUGACAUCAAGAGAACACUGAAGUGGAGUGAUGGCUCAGAACCCACUCUAUAUUUUUGGGGCAGAAUCAUCUCCGAGACCACAUGCCUCCUCUCUGCUGCGGAGGGUUUGGUGAUAUACAUCUCUACAACCCACUCCAGGAAACUCAGCCUAACCUCCCGGCCUAUCAAUCCUACACACUCGUAUUACCAGUCAGAGGUGCUAGUCCUCCCAGAACCCCCCCCACCUCCCUUGCUGCAGAGAGCCAGAUGUCCCACACCUGACUCUGACCAGACG